GAGUGUGUGUGUGGUCCAUCCCGAGGUCUUGAAGACACUUUUUUCGCCUGUCGUUGAAGUUUUGUCAACUGUUUUUGGGGCUUGUGGCAGUGCGAGCCGUACCAGAUUUUGGACUACUCUCACCGACAUUCGGUGCGCUAGAUUUAGUCGACAAUUGGCAUUUCGAUCGAGAGGAGAUACUACGCACCUAGCGCUUGUUUGUAACCGAUUAGCAUCAUGACGCGUUCCGUACUGUGGUUUGCCGCACUGGCAGUACUAGCUGUCAGCCUUCACAAUGCUUCAGCCCAACUGGACAACACAGUCGUCAGCAGGCGCAGUUCCAUCAACUCGACGCUAUCCUCCUUCUCGAACAACGUCGUAAACAAGGUGAACGAGUACGCGAACAAGUUUACCAGCAUGCGCAACGAUAUGUCCUGGCAGCUGCGGACGGCAUCGGAAACGCUGACCAGCUUCCUGUCCGACAAACAGAUCGGCGAUAAUGCGCUGCUGGCGUCCGACGUACUGUCCGCCGCUAGUACCACGCUGAGCGCGAGUGUGUCCGCCUCCAUUACGAUUGCGGCCAGCUUCUCCACCGUGAGCACGUGUGUGAACACGAAGACGCAGGCUUCGGUCGCUGCAACGUUCGGCGCGUUCAGUACCGCGCAGGCGGCGUACUUCAACAUCAUCACCUCCUCCACGUCACCGUUCCUGUCGACCUGCCGGUCGAGGUUCUCCAACACGGCAAACGAUCUGGUCAAUCAGGCCGCUGACCGUAUCCAGGAUUGUCUGAACGACGAGAACAACGAGCUGAGCCGCGUGAACUCGAUCCUGAACAACUACAUGACGCUGAUGAAGCAACACUACCAGGCGUUGAGCAACCAUGUUCGCUCCUGUAGCAGCCUCGGUUCGACCUCUUCCCGCACGGAGGUGAAGGCAGAAGUGAACGCUUGUCUUAAGGGGAUCGCGACCUACGUCGGACCACUGUACAAGGCACUGACCGAGCAGCAGUUCCAGCUGGUCAACGCGAUGCUGCAGCUGGAGGUGGUGGCAUCGAACAACAGGGUCAAGCUGUGCAUUAACCAGGUCAGCAAGAGCUACACCGCUAUGGCGGAAGCAAUAGUGCCCUCGCUCAACGAGUGUCUGCAGACCGGACAGUAGAAGCGGGAAAGAUAGGCGAUCGUGCAGUUGGCCGAAUGUUUUCGUUUUUGUUUUAUGUAAAGAAAUUGUACUAAUGUUAAAC